AUGGUCUCUAUAGUUGAAGCCUUGUCAUUUCUCGACAGUCCAACCAUUAAUUGGAAAGGUAUUGUUAUUGGAUUAACCAUUGGCCAAUAUGUAUUUGAGACAUACCUUGAGUACAGACAAUACCAAGUAUUCAAGAAUAAGUCUCCACCAGCUUCAGUCAAAGCAGAAGUGAACCAGGAAACGUUUGACAAGUCACAAAAAUACUCUCGUUCCAAAACCAAGUUUUCCAUUUUUUCAUCAACUUUUGGCCUAGUACAAAAUUUAGCUGUUUACAAGUAUGAUUUGUUACCAAAAGUAUGGGGUUGGAGUGGCUUAUUUAUGAAGUCAAUUUCACAUUUGUUACCUGGUUUCAUGGGGGGAGUCAUCACCCAAUCGAUUAUAUUUCUGUCUGCUAGUCAAAUUUUAUCAGUUAUUAUUAACUUGCCAAUCAGUUACUACCAAAACUUUGUUAUGGAAGAGAAGUAUGGAUUCAACAAACAAACCUUGGGCAUAUGGAUAAGUGAUAAACUUAAACAAAUUGCGCUUUCAAUUGUUCUUGGCUCACCCAUUAUUGCUGGUUUUUUGAAGAUUGUUGAUUACUAUGGCGAUGCAUUUACUUUGUAUUUGAUGGGAUUUUUCUUGGUUGUUAUGUUAGUAGGACAAACCAUUGCCCCAAUUUUGAUUUUUCCAUUGUUUAACAAAUUCACACCUUUGGAAGAUGGACAAUUGAAGACUGCGAUUGAGAAUUUGGCCUCGUCUCAAAAAUUCCCAUUGAAAAAAUUGUUGGUUGUUGAUGGUUCAAAGCGUUCGUCACACUCAAAUGCGUAUUUCAUUGGGUUACCAUGGAGCAAACAAAUUGUUUUAUAUGAUACAUUGAUUGAACACAAUACCACCGAAGAGACAGUGGCUGUUUUGGCGCACGAGAUUGGUCACUGGAGAUUGAACCAUAUUCCGAUAAUGAUUGCUCUGAAACAAGUUCAUUUUUUUAUCAUCUUUACGUUAUUCCAAUUAUUUAUUCACAACAAAUCACUAUUCCACUCAUUUGGAUUCUUUAAUGAACAACCAAUAUUGAUUGGUUUCACAUUGUUUGGCGAUAUCUUGCAACCAUUGGAAUGUGUAUUGUCAUUUGUCGAAAACUUACUUUCUAGGAAACAUGAGUACGAUGCUGAUAAAUAUGCUCGUAAUUGUGGCUAUGCUGAAGAGUUGAGUAGAUCCUUGAUUAAAUUAUCUACCGAGAACUUGUCGAGUAUGAAUGCAGAUUGGUUGUACUCAUCAUUCCACCAUUCUCAUCCCAUUUUGCCUGAAAGAUUGAGUGCUUUGGGUUACGUUUCGAAGGAGAAGAUCAGUGCAAGCACGGAAGAAGAGAAAAAGGAAGAAAAAGUGCAAGUGCAAGAGCAAGAGAAAGAGAAAGAAGCAAAGCAAGAUUAA